UGUCCACAUAUAUAUAAUUGUCCAUUAAUAAAUAGCUAGGUUAAUCAAUUAAGUUCUUACAACAAUAUGACAAAUUCUUAUGAUAUUCUUUCAUAUCCAAUGUACCUUCUAUAUAAAUCUUAGUUAACCAAGAGUUUUUGAGACUCUUUACAACCAAAAAAACAGCAAGAAAAAUGUCAUGAAAAAUAUUUAUCAAACUCCUUAUAAUAAAAAUGGAAUUUCCAUCCCCUCAAAUUCAAUACCCAAAUUUUAGUUUCUUUCAAGAUCAAUUACCAUUAUCAUGGAAUGAUCAACUUUUCUUAGAUGAACAUUUUAGUAAUUAUCCAUGGGAAGUUGACUCUGUCGACCAGAGCGACAAUCAUCAGCUACCAAGAAGUUCUUCAUUUUCCGACACUUAUUCCUCGAAAGGAUGUUAUGAAUGGAAAGUUGACUCUGUUGACCAGAGCGACGAUCGUCAGCUACCAAGAAGUUCUUCAUUCCCAGAGACCAAUUCUUCAAAAGGAUGUUAUGCAUGGAAAGUUGACUCUGUUGACCAGAGGUCUUCAUUCUCAGACACUAAUUCCUCGAAAGGAUGUUAUGCAUGGAAAGUUGACUCUGUUGACCAGAGCGACGAUCAUCAGCUACCAAGAAGUUCUUCAUUCUCAGACACUAAUUCCUCGAAAGGAAACUAUCCAUUACAAACUAUUGACUCUUCCAGCCAGGAGGACAAUGAUCAUCAACUACUAAGAAGUUCGUCAUUCUCAGACACUAAUUCCUCAAAAGAAAGCAACAAUCAUGACAUCGAAGAGGUCACAUCAUCACAUGACAGCAACCCCACUAGGUCAAAUGAAAAAAAGCACUACAUUGGAGUUAGAAAAAGACCAUGGGGAAAAUAUGCAGCAGAAAUAAGAGACUCAACAAGAAAUGGAAUUCGAGUUUGGUUAGGUACAUUUAACACUGGUGAAGAAGCUGCUUUAGCAUAUGAUCAAGCUGCACUUACAAUGAGAGGUCCAUUAGCACUACUUAAUUUUCCAAUAAAUAAAGUUAGAGAAUCACUUGAAAAUAUUAACUAUUUUUGUGAAGAUGGAAUUUCACCAGCCGCUGUUUUAAAAGCAACAAAUAAAAUGAGAUGUGUUAAACAUAGGAGAAAUAGGAAAAAAGGAAUAAAGGAAAAUAAUAAUAAUAAUAAUAAUAAUAAUGUUUUGGUUUUGGAAGAUUUGGGUGUUGAGUUGUUAGAUGAACUUUUAAUGAGUUCAUCUUAAAAUGAUUCUUCUACUUAUUUGUAAAAA